AUGAAGCAAGAUGAAGUUAACCCUGUUAAAGAUAUGAUCUUUGGAGCGAUCUCCGGUGUUAUAGGUAAAACGAUUGAAUUCCCCUUUGAUACCAUCAAGGUGAGAUUACAGUCAUCUUUAGUACCGAUAUCGACUUUUCAAAUGAUCAAAGCAACCUAUAAUGAAGGUAUUAUUAAAGGAUUCUAUCAAGGUUUGAAAGCACCUUUGAUUGGUGCAUGUUUAGAGAAUGCCAUUCUAUUUUCAAGUUAUAACAGUUGCUUGGAGAUGUUCAAAACUGUAGAUAGAGAUAUUGGUUUGAGACAUAAAGCCUUAAGUGGAGCAUUUGCAGGAUUUUCAGUUUCGUUCAUUUUGACUCCCAUUGAAUUGGUUAAAUGUCAAUUACAAGUAAGUAACUUAGCUACUCCUGGAAGCGUUAAAAAAGUUGGUGAAUCGGCCACUACUUCGACUAAGAAUAUCUAUUCAUCAAUGAUAUGGAAAAUAUAUCAGAAAGAUGGAGUUUCAGGUUUCUGGAAAGGUUUGUCGCCAACUUUACUACGUGAAACCAUUGGUACCAUGAUCUGGUUCACUACAUAUGAAGUUCUAUCAGAAUAUCUUGAUAAAAAACGACCCAGUGAAUUGAAUUCUUUGGUAAGUGGUGCAUUAGCUGGAUUGACAUUCAACUUAUCCAUGUUCCCAGUGGACACCAUCAAAUCUAACAUUCAAACUAAUGAUAUCUUGGAUCAUGGAACCACAAAUUCUUUUGAAAUCGCUCGUAAAAUUGGGAUCAGAGGAUUAUACAGUGGAUUGACCAUAACCUUGAUCCGUAGUUUACCUGCCAAUGCCAUGAUUUUUUACAGUUACGAACUUUUAAAGAAGAACUUAUGA